ACGGGGCGGGGAAGAGGAGACAUUCCUAACAUAGCAGAUUGUCAGGACGCGGCGAGAUUAGCAUGCAAUCGACGCUCGUUGUGUUUUUGUUAUCUCUAUGACUCCACAAAGUUAUGAUUAGGAACAUUAAUUAGGUAUACACGACCCCGAAACCACAAAACAAUAAAGCAGUAUGGAUGCAGUGAACGCGUUCAACAUGGAGUUGUUCUCCAUGAUUGACCUGAAGCCUCCCAUAUCCCGUGCUAAAAUGAUGUCUGUAACCAAAUCAGCCAUCAAAGCUAUCAAGCUUUACAAACACGUUGUCCAGAUUGUUGAAAAGUUCAUUAAGAAGUGCAAGCCAGAAUUAAAGGUUCCUGGUUUAUAUGUGGUUGAUUCCAUUGUUCGACAGUCGCGCCAUCAGUUUGGUGUCGACAAAGAUGUAUUUGGACCAAGAUUCUUGAAAAACUUCACAGAUACCUUCCAAAAUCUUUACCAUUGCCCAGAGGAUGAUAAGAACAAAAUCAUACGUGUCCUGAACCUAUGGCAGAAGAAUGGUGUGUUUGAUAUGGACAUUAUUCAGCCUCUUAUGGAUAUGGCUAAUGAUGCAGUUUUGCCUCCCCCUGCGCUGGAAGUACCUGCUAACCCCCAACCACAGAUGCAGGCUCCUAUCACUAGUGCCUCCGCUGUGCCGCAGUUAUCCACUCCUGAUGCCUUAGCUGCAGUGGCACAGCUGUUUCAGUCCCCCCAUGGUCAGGAGUUGCAGAGGAUGCUCCAGAAUUUCCAGCAAGCUGAUAAAACUCUGGCGGCCACCGAAACAAACAACACAACCCCACCUCAGAUGCCCGUGGCCCAACUCAACCCAUACAGUGCACAGACAGAAAAGAAAAGCUCAUUUGCUGAGAAACUUUUGGAUCGUUUUGACUAUGAUGAUGAACCAGAAGAUAUAACUCCUAAAGAACCAAGCAUCCAGGCACAAUUCACUCCCGAAAAGACAUUUGUCCAGUUUCCUGGUCAGAUGCCCAACACAGAGAAUGUUUAUCCACAUAUGAUGGGACAGACUGAUGGCAUAGAGCAUGGUGGAAGGAUAAGUCCUGGUGAACAUCGUUUAAUUCCAGAUGGAUACCAUUCCAGAGAAGAGGCUUAUUCACAGUCACAGGCAAAUUCAAGAGAACAUUCCAGACACGAGGGUAGAAACAGAGGCCACUAUGGCAGGAGAACGCGAUCCAGAUCUGCUUCCAGAUCUCCCAGGAGAAGAAGAUCCAGAUCUUCGUCUCGCUCAAGAAGGUCACGGCAUAGGCGGUCUCGUUCUCGCUCCAGAGAACAACGGUGGGGAUCUCGCUCUCGUUCCCAGGACAGGAUUGAAAGAGAGAAGGACAGAGAACGCAGACAGAAAGGUCUUCCCAGCAUAAAGGGCCACACACUUAACGUUUGUAGCACUACGCUUUGGGUUGGACAGCUGGACAAGAAAACCCAGCAGUCCGAUGUGAUGUGCCUGUUUGAAGAGUUCGGACAGAUUGAGUCCAUCAAUAUGAUUCCUCCAAGGGGCUGUGCCUAUAUUGUUAUGGUUCACAGACAAGAUGCCUAUACAGCAUUGAAAAAGCUCAGUAGGGGGUCGUACAAAGUCCACCAGAAACCAGUCAAGGUGGCUUGGGCAUUGAACAAAGGUAUAAAAUCGGCACUUAAAAAGUUCUGGGAUGUGGAGCAAGGCGUUACGUGCAUUCCUUGGAGCAAAGUCAAAGUCGACGAGUUGGAAAUCUAUCGUGAAGGGGGUAUGCUGGACACGGAGACAUUAAAUCCAGAGUGGAAUGUUGCCAAGGACAUCAAUAGGCAGACAGCUGUAAAUGGAGCUUUGGAAAGUGUGCCAGCAGAUGGAAUGGUCACUGCUCACAUUCAGGUGCCGCCAGUGGUUCAACAGGUAACACCUAUUGGAAGCCCUCCUGCUUUUCCUGGCCCCGUCGUGCUUUCUCCUACAGCCAUGCCCGCAGGAGGAGCCCCGUUCAUCCCCACCGAGUUUGACACUACAAAGAUGCCACAAGUAGCAACAAGUGUACAAUCUCCAGAGGACUCCAUCACAGAAUCUAAAAUAGACAAAGGCCCACCCUCAGAUGGAGGCAAAGACAACCAGCUGGGCUCACCUGUGGCACCGGUGCUGAAUAUGCGCGGCCCAGCAGCAGUCAUGCAGGGUCCCAGACCAGGCAUGCCUCCUCUGCAACCUCCUCCUAACAUGCCAAAUCCUCACCUACCACCACCACCAUUCCUCUCAGCUCCAAACAUGCCACAUAUGCCCCCGCAAAUGCUGCCUGGAGGACCCAUGUUUGCACCAGAAAGGUUCAGAAUGCCCAUCUCUUUCUCUCCUCGUGGACCUCCUUUCCAUCGACUUCCCUCCAUUAGACCCGAGGUCAUGGGUGAAAGGGAUGGAAGGCUUUUCCCUAAUGGGAGGCCAGCAUUUGGCCCACCUUUCCUAAGAGGAAGGUGGUAGAGUUUAGCCUGGACCUGAGAGGAGUAAGGACUGUUCUCACACAUGCAUCACAACUGUCGAUGCCGAAGCUUUUGUUCAGACUUUAUUUGACGCCACCAGAACCUUUUUUGUACUUAGGAAACAAACAAUGACAAACAAGACGAGUGUUUUGAAUGUCAUUAUCCACGUUAUUUUCUCCUCAACAGGGAAGAGACUGUGCUGUAAAUAAUACAUGUGCUUGGAACUGUUUGUAUAUUUGAAGUUGUGUAGUUUAUUAAUCAAGUCAGUAAUCUUGGUAGUUUUCUUUUUUAUUAAGAACAGGGGUAGUAUGUAUUUUUGAGCAAAUUCCCUCAUGUGAGUGUUGUGUAGGGAAGGAGACUGUAAAAGAAAUCUAUAAUUCAUACAUUUGUGGUAUUUUUUAUUUAGUAAAAGUCCUUAUAUCACAGGUUGAUCAUCAGAGACAGUUGAUUUCAUUUGAAGCAGAAGAGGUUUCCAUGCCCUGCCAGUAGAGGGAAGAAUAAUGCCGGUUACCGAGGCCAGCCUCUGUUGUAUGUUAAGAUCACACCUUUUCGAUCAUGCAGAGUGAAUAUUAAAAAAAGGACUACCAUUUAA